GCAAGGUGUCAGAAGAGAGCAAGGUAAUCAAUAUUCUACUCCAUGUCAAAAAUUGUCCAUGUGGUACCCUUCUCAAAGACUCUCUGGGGGAACAGAUGAGGGAUACAAAGCUAGCAGGGCCACCUAUCCAGUAGCUGGGGAACUCCUGGAUCAGAAGGAAGAGAGCUUGUCAUUUGGCCUGCAAGAAGUGAAUAUACCAUUCACCGGAGGGUGAAAGGUUUUCUAAAGGCAUCGUCAGUCUUUACAGUCACUGUCAGCAACCAGACUGUCACAGAUGUGGAGCGAUGACGAUUUACUUCCUGUUGCACAGUUAUUUUUCUAGUCUAUUCUUUGUGGGGACGUGUCUAACACAUAGUGUUAAAGUCAAAGUGCAGGGAAAAAAAAGGGGCAAGGAAUGCUAACCCAACCUUAUGCAUAGUGAGACUGAAACCCUCAUGUGUACGCCAUCACAGCCAGUCUCCAGUUGGUGCAUAAAGAAGGUGAAUGUAGCCAUAGGACAUGAUGGGUUAAUGAGAUACGUUCCCUUCCCUACUCACUCUGAGCUCAGUGUUUAUCCAAGAAUUCAAAGAUAAAGCCGGAAUGAAGUCUGAGCAGUGUUCAGCAGCUGAUACAAUGCUGGAGGGCUUAUCCAUCCCUAAUUAGCUCAGCAGACACAAACCUCCCAAGAAGAAACAUGGAACUUUCACCAGAAAGGGAACCCUUUACCAGGUAAAUAUGCUCCUAAUGGGACUGACCAAAACCUUUGCAAUUUUCUUCGUGGUUUUUCAAGAAGAGUUUGGUGGCACUUCGGAGCAGAUUGGCUGGAUUGGAUCUUUACUGUCCUCGUUCCGCUUCAUUGCAGCUCCACUGGCUGCCACACUCUGUGAAAAGUUAGGAGAGAAGCCUGCAUCCAUUCUUGGUGCCCUUCUUAUCAGCACCGGAUACUUGAUCAGCAGCUUGGCCAAAGGCAUCUCCUUCCUCUGUAUAACUAUGGGGCUUCUACCAGGUCUGGGCUCAGCUUGCCUAUACCAAGCGGCUGCUGUGAUGACUGCUAAAUAUUUCAAAAAACGACUGGCUCUUUCAACUGCCCUUGCCCGUUCAGGGAUGGGGCUGACGUUUCUGCUGGCACCUCUCACAAAAAUCUUGAUAGAUGAAUAUGACUGGCGAGGUACCCUUCUAAUAUUUGGAGGGAUCUCAUUAAAUUUGGUGCCCUCUAGCAUGCUCUUACGACCCAUCAUCAUCAAAAGGGAAGAGCACGUGGCUACCAGACAUCCAGAUGCAGUAAAUCCACUGGAAGUUCCAGGCAGUGAAGAUGGACGGUGGCCUCCCCCCGGAAACCACUUAGUUAGCAAGGAUCAACAAACUGGUCAAGGGGCAGCAAUCUCAGGAUGCCAAGAUGAUGAUGAAAAGGUCUUUAGCAACAAGCCUCGAUUUUGCAAGCAGCUCAUUGACUUCUCUCUAUUUAAGAACCCUUUAUUUUACAUAUUCACCGGCUGUUUUCUAUUCAGCCAACUAGCGUAUUUCAUCCCUACUUUCCAUCUGGUAGCCAGAGCUAAAACUCUGGGGAUUGACACCAUGGAUGCCUCCUAUUUAAUUUCAAUGGCUGGCAUCACAGAGACAUUGGCGCAGCUACUGUCCGGAUGGGUGGCUGACCAAAAGUGGGUCCAGAACUAUCACUUCUACAAGUCUUACCUCCUCCUCUGUGGUGUCACUAACCUGCUCGGUCCUUUGGCCACCACGUUUCCUCUGCUCAUGACCUACUCCAUCUUCUUUGCUGUUUUCUGUGGCUGUUAUUUGGCACUGGUACUCCCUAUAAUGGUUGAUUUUGCUGGGAAUUCUUCACUAAACCAGUUUUUGGGAUUUGCUGCCUUUUUUGCUGGGCUGGCUGUUCUUUCUGGACCACCCAUAGCAGGUUGGCUAUAUGACAACACCCAGACAUAUACCUAUUCCUUUUACUUUUCUGGGACGUGCUAUUUGCUUUCAUCGGCUUCUAUGUUCUUUGUGCCCCUGGCCACAAAAUGGGCAAAGAGAGGAGCUGAGCAGGAGAGGAUGACUCCAACCAAGUAGCAGCAAAACAAAAGAUUCAAACUAAAGCCUACGAUUACUGCCUGGAAAAAAACAGAGAUCCCUGACUGGCAUUAAGAAAAAGUUAUCUUUAUUUAGCCAACAAAGCUAAAACUAGACUUUCAAUUAAAAUUACAAUUUAACUGCAGUAGUCUAAUUGAACCUGUGACAGUAUGGGCUACUAUUUUGCCACCACCAGACAGCUCUAAAAAUCAAUAGUCUUGUAGGUCAAAUAAAUGGUAAAUUAGAUCUAGACAGAAGUAGUCCAACAUAUGAUCCUGGAUUUUUCCAUAUUUAUUUAUACACUGACUUGCAAAAAGAUUUUAAUAUAUUUGUAAUUUGUUUCCAAAUCAUUUGAAGCAUCUUUUUUCUUCCUGCAAAGGACUACUAUUUUCCCAUAAAACUAAUGAAGAGAACCACUAUCCUAACUUGAAAUCAGUGUUUCUUUGGAACUAGAAUGGUGGUUUAAUUUCUUUGUGGCAGACAUUCUGGUGUGAUAUGCUUUCCCCCGGUUUUGUGUAGCUUAUUAACAUUCACCACACUGGGUCAAUUAAGUUUGCUGACCAAAUCUUUUUGCUGAUGGUUUUGUUUGCCUUCAAGGGAGAAAUAAAGCAGCUGGGGGAGGAUGGGGGACGGGGGAUGUGGGGGCGGGG